GUUCAAUAUAUUUCACGAAACGCUGACCUCGGCCACCAGCCUGCUUCACCCCCCUUCCCUUUUCUUUUCGGUUCUCCAUUGCACUUCUACUCUCGGCUCUACGCAUUCAGAUUGGGAUUUUGAGGGUUCCGGGAGUGUGAAAGAAUGCGGCUUUCCACGUCGCUGUCGGCCUUGGGGCUGGCAGCAUGUGCUCUGGCGCACCCCGACAUAACGACAACGGACGAGAAUGGCAUUCGCAGCAUACCUUUGCGAACACAUUCCCUCAUCGCGCCCUACCUGGAUUCAGAUAUGCAGAGUCGAUGGUUUGAUUUUGGAGGAAAUACCAUUGUGCGCGCAGACCAGUACAUACGACUUACUUCAGACCGACCAUCACAAGAAGGAUGGAUAUUUUCGCGGGUUCCCUUAACUGCUACAAACUGGGAGAUUGAAGUCGAAUUCAAGAUCCACGGUCAGGGCAACCUCCACGGCGACGGCUUCGCCUUAUGGCUUACCAAGCAGCGCGGUAUGGUUGGCCCAGUCUUUGGCUCAGUAGAUAAAUUCGAAGGGCUUGGCAUCGUUUUCGACACCUACAAGAACAACCGUCCAGGCACCGUCUUCCCCUACGUAAUGGCCAUGAUGGGCGACGGCCACAGAAUCUACGACAAGGCAAACGAUGGUAAAGACAACGAGCUCAUGGGCUGCUCGGCGAGAGGGAUACGUGGAGCCUCGAUACCGACCAAGGCGAAGUUGACGUAUUUCCAAGACAAGAGCCUGAAGCUGGAAUUGCAGUACAAAACUGAAGAUCAGUGGGAGCUCUGCUUUGAAACGAACGAGCCGCCUACCAUCCCUUCUGUUGCGUACUUGGGCUUUUCAGCGGAAACGGGAGAACUGUCGGAUAACCACGAUAUCAUCUCCGUCUCGACUAAGAACUUGUAUGAUACGAAGGGGAGAGAAGCUGUGAUGAACAAGCCGGGAAACAAAGGUGCCAGCAAGGGCAGCGAGAGAUAUAGCGCGAAGAAGGAAGGUGGUAGCUGGAGUUGGUUCUUUUUCAAGGUGCUACUGUUCUUCAUGGUCGUGGGCGGUGGAUAUGUUGGGUUCACGGCGUGGAGAGCGCAGAAGGGAAGAAGUCAUCGGUUCUGAGAAUUGCGAGGGCGGUCGAGGAGUGAAUGAUAAAUGCAGGGGGUACAUUUUGGUUGCUAGCGUGUAUACCAUUGGACUUUGGAAGGCGAAUGAAAAUAAUGGUUCUCCUUUCCCAAAAUAUCGUCCUAUCAAGUGAAGCUCAGAGAAUGAGCCGAGACUUUUCACAAAACAAAUUUUACUACAGUAGCUGUCCCAUAUCCGUUAUCUCAUUUUCU